CUUGCGGACAGCUUCUGUUGUGCAGUAAUUUUUUCUUAUCGCGGCAGAAAAAAAAAUGUCUUGGCAAAGGCGGAGAGCUGCGACGCCGAGCCAACUGCGACUUUCCACCUCUUCCUCCGCAAGCCAACGAGGACGACAACGGAGGAUCACAGACUUUAUCUAGCCAUCUCGCUUUCUCAAGAUGGUUAGACCUACACAGCCGAUGAUGGCGCGCCUGCGCUUGACAACGAAACAGGUCAAUGGCGGCUACUACAAGGGAAACAGAACCGGUUCGAUGGGUUAUUUCGCAAAGAACGGAUCAUACAUUAUCGACUGGAAGAAGGUCCGCACAUACAACGUGCCUGAGAAUCUGGCUGAUUUCAAGCUUACCCCAUUCGUGACGAAACUUAUGCCGCCUACGAAGAGCAAAUACUUCAAGGAGAUACAAAGAAAUGGAAAGACCGUCAGCGUUGAGAAGGGCUUCCAGGCCGAGGACUAUCUCGAACUCUGGGCUUCGGACAACGGCCCUGAAGUUCUCGAAUAUGAACGGAAAGACCAGAGACGCGCGGAGUAUGCCCGUGCCAGGCAAGAGUACGAACGGCAGAAGGCUGAGCGUGCGGGGCCAUCUGAGCAGGGAGCCGGAACACCUUGAAGAUAUGGCGUUGGAAACAUAAGGUUCAUCGCGGAAUAUGUGAGCGCCGGCCAAAGAGCUUCUCGUUCACUGGAUUGUGCCCACCAUCGCUCUUGGUGGAUGCCGCGCUUGUUGUUUUAUAUGUACAUUAUUGGGCAUUUGGCGGCGGAAGGUACUCGAUACCUGCGAUUGCAACCGGCUCUCGGUUGGCAGACACGGGGCAAUCCCGGUGUGAAGUCGCUUCUCUGGCGUAUUUAUGAGUUUUUGCAGGGUAGCAUGGCUUGUUUUGUUGUCUAUGACCGUUUGAAUAGGAUCUAAGCAUAUAAGGCUUUUACGAAUACCCGAAUAUAAGGGAGUUUGAGCAUUCCAGCUAUAUCUUGUACGGCGUCAAACCACUUCUGAAGCGUCCAACCAGUCUAUGUUGAUGCCGUGUCUGACCAAUACCAUAUCUCUCUACUCUGGCGAGUGCUU